AUGACCGCUGCGAUAGACCCGAUUCAGGCCUCGGCUGCCUUUUUCAACCCCCAGAGUCGAGCACCAGACCCUGCCGAUCUCAGCGCCCUAUACAUAUUUCUGAGCAAACAUCCCCACGGGAGAACCUUGCUUCAUCAUGUGGCCUCCCUGACUGACGUGUUGCAUCUAUUCGCUGUCCAUCGAGAGGAUGUGCGAAAUCUGCCCAAUGCUGAAAACUAUGUACGCCUGCUGAAGGACUGGGCCAAUGGGGGCCCCUCUGCCCCGGUCUCCGAAGCUCGCACGGGAAUCAUCGCCCUACCCUUGCUCCUGAUUCUUCAGUUGGGGGAGUACCUUCGCUACCUGGACUUCCAUGGUAUCUCUCACGCCGACUUUAUUGCCCAGAUACAGAAAGGAGGAGGUAUUCAUGGCUGUUGUGCAGGAGAGCCGCCUGCUCUUUCCAUAGCCUGCGCGAAGGAUGAAGGGCAGAUCAUGGACAAUGCUGCGGUAUUUCUGCGAAUAAUGGUGGGAAUGGGAGCGUACAUCGAGGCUUUGGAUGAUUGGACCACGGGCGAGUCCAACAUCUUGGCCGUCCGCCUCAAGUAUGAAGGCCAAGAGGAAGAGUUCACGAAAAUGUUUCCGCGUACAUAUGUUUCGACAAUUACAGAGCCUCGCACGCUUAGUUUUAUAGGAAAUGCGAAAUCUAUAGCGGCCAUGUAUGAGUAUUGUCGGGAAAACGGUCUACCAGCAGACAAGAUGGAUGUGACUGGAAAGGCUCAUAAUCCAGAGAAUGAGCACGUAGUUCCAGAGUUCAUGGACAUUAUCAACAAAAAUUCAUCUAUUUUUCAGCUGCCCCAGCAAAGUCGACUACAGGUCACCGUGCGAUCGAACAUAACCGGAAAGGCAUUGACUGAUGCCGAAAUCAUGGAGGAUAUGAUAACUAUGAUGUUAGCAUCCUGCUGCGACUGGUAUGGCUUGGUCACCCAAGUGGCUCUCGAUCUCAAAGCCUCAGAACGUCCAGCUCACCGGCUGGUCAUUUUCGGACUCAAUGAUAGUGUGCCCUUGUCGCCAUUCAAUAGGCAAUGCCUCAAGGCUUUCAAGUUCAAAGCAAAUCAACUGCUUGUAUCUAACUCUCAAGCAACCCCCUCCAGUAUACUGGAGUUCGCUGACAGUGCUAUUGCGGUUGUGGGGCUUUCGUGUCGGUUCCCGGGCGCAAACAAUCUUGAAAAACUCUGGGACUUGAUUGCCAGAGGCCAUGAUACUCACGAAGAAGUGACAGUCGAGAGAAUCAACCUCGGCAGGAGCUACAGGGCCUUACAGGAUGAAGAUAUGGCGAAAAGAAAGUUCUUUGGCAACUUCGUCGAUGAUAUCAAACGUUUUGACAAUUCUUUCUUUGGCAUCAACGCCAGAGAAGCCGCCAGCCUGGACCCCCAGCAAAAAAUGCUUUUGGAGCUGUCUUAUGAGGCUUUAGAAUCGAGUGGGUACUUGACCUCUCAUCAGCGGAGCGCGGAAGACCCAGUUGCUUGCUUCAUCGGAGGCAGUCUGAACGAAUAUCUGGAAAAUACCGCCUGUCAUGCCCCGUCAGCAUAUACAGCUACGGGUACCAUCCGCGCCUUCAUGUGUGGCCGACUCAGCUAUUACUAUGGCUGGUCUGGCCCCGCCGAGGUCCUGGAUACUGCAUGCUCCUCGUCCUUGGUGGCCAUCCAUCGAGCGUGUCGCGCUAUUCAGGCAGGAGAAUGUACCAUGGCAAUAGCCGGUGGAGUAAGCGCACUCACCACGGCAGGCAAUCUCUUUGACUUGGGAAAAGCGGGAUUCCUUAGUCAAACAGGCCAAUGUAAGCCUUUUGAUGCCGCAGCCGAUGGAUACUGUCGUUCUGAGGGCGCUGGAUUGGUCGUUUUGAAGAAAUUGUCUGAUGCAGUCAGUGCUGAGGAUCAUAUCUUUGGCGUUAUCCCUAGCAUUGCCACCAACCAAGGAGGAACUUCGACCACCCUCACGGUACCAUCACCAACAGCCCUGAAGGCCCUCUAUAGAAGCCUUUUUGAGAAAUCGGGUCUCCAGCCCUCUCAAGUCUCAUACGUGGAAGCUCAUGGAACGGGAACUCAGGCAGGAGAUCCCAUCGAAAUGGAGAGCAUUCGGGCAGUACUGGGAGACUCCUCACGAGCAACACCGUUGUCUAUCGGCUCUAUAAAGGGUAACAUUGGGCACUGCGAGCCUGCUGCUGGUGUUGCUGGGCUUCUCAAAGUGUUGGCCAUGAUGAAAUUCGGCGGCAUCCCCCCUCAGGCGAAUCACAGUCGGCUGAACCCAGCAAUUUCAGCACUGGAGCCGGAUGGAAUGGAGAUCGCCCGAAAGCUCCAGGAUUGGAAUGUUCCUCAGCGCGCUGCUUUGGUGAAUAGUUACGGUGCUGGAGGAUCGAACUGCGCGCUGUUGUGCUGUGAGCCAGUACCCCGGGAUGAUGCACUAAGACGCAGCUAUGUAUUAUCGUCACCGGCAAGGAACCGGAGGGUCGCAUUUCCGAUUAUCUUGAGCGCAGCCUCGAAAACAAGCCUCACCGAGCAUUCUCGGGACCUGGCAACACAUCUGUCAAGACACGCUUCCAAGGUGGACGUGGCCAGUGUUGCAUUUACUUUGAAUGAGCGGAGGAAACGCCACCGUUUCUGCUUCAGUGCUACCGCGACCGAUGUGUCUGGAUUGGUUCGCACCUUGAACCAGGUUGAAGCACCAAGCUUUGAAUACACACGACAGCACAAUGCGGUGGUUAUGGUCUUGAGCGGGCAAUAUGAUAACAAGGUGGCGUUGGAUCGAAACUUCUACGAAGCAUACCCCGCCUUCAAGAGCAACAUUGACGCCUGCGAUGCAUCACUAAUUCAGCAGGGGUUUCCGGGUAUUGCCACAGCGAUUUUCCAGAAAACACCCGUUGACAGUGCACUGAGCCUGCAAUGCAGUAUCUUUGCGGUACAAUACGCCUGCGCUCGCUGCUGGAUUGAUGGCGGGCUCAAGCCUGAUGCCAUUAUUGGCCACAGACUUGGCGAGAUAGUCGCACUGGGGGUGUCUGGAGCUCUUUCCCUCACUGACUGUCUGAAGUUGAUUGCAUAUCGAGCCCGACUCAUUGAUACAAAAUGGGGAACUGAGCGGGGAGCAAUGCUCGCCAUACAUAGUAGCCCGAGUGACAUCCAGAACCUCAUUACUCACUUGUCUGGUAUCGAAAAGACUGCUAAAUUGGAGGUCGCUUGCUAUAACUCGCCCACUUCGGUAGUUACAGCAGGAACUUCAGCCACCGUGGACUUGGCUGAGCGUGUUCUAUCUAUCCACCCACAAAGAGAUUUCUGGGCUUAA